AUGGCUGAAUCAUUCAAACCUUUCCAAACAGUACCACAAUAUAGAUUGCCAUUUAAUUCAAAUCCUGAGAAAGAUAUUAACAUAUUAUUAUUUGGUGAAACAGGUGUUGGUAAAUCAACUUUUAUCAAUACAUUUGUUCAUUAUCUUUCUUACAAUACCCUUGAUGAAGCACUUCGAGGUAAAAUGCAAAUACUUAUACCUUCUUCUUUCUCAGUGUCUGAUAGUGAUACACAUAGAUCAACGACAAUAACCGUAGGAUCUCCUGAUGAUAAUGAACUUUGUGAGGAUAAUGGCAAAUCACAAACUCAAGGUUGUAAAAGUUACGUAUUUUCCAUUGGUAAUCGUUACCUACAUUUGAUUGAUACACUAGGCAUUGGUGAUUGUCGUGGUGUAGAACAAGAUAAUAAGAAUUUUGACCAUAUUCUUGCUUUUGUAAGUCGUUAUGAACAUUUAAAUACUAUUUGUAUUAUGCUUAAACCAAAUGAACAUCGUUUAAAUAUUUUUAUUAAAUAUGACAUUAAAGAAUUACUGAAACAUUUACAUAUAAACGCUAAAGACAAUGUGAUGUUUAUUUUCACAAAUGCUCGAACAAAUUUUUAUAUGCCAGGUGGAACAUCCAAGCAAUUAAAAAUUUUACUUAAUGAACUAGAAGCAACUACACGUAAUCAUGUUCCAUUUAUUAAAGAAAAUACAUUUUUGUUUGACAAUGAAUCAUUUCGUUUUUUUGACUAUUAA